AUGGAGCAGCGACGGACGGAGCAGGCGUACUGGGAGGACACGUAUCGCUUUCGCGACACUGCCCACGUGGUGCAAGUGGCAGAGCAUCCUCCGCCGCGUGGCUCCGCUGCCGGUGCGAGCUACUUCGCCGUCGUCCUCGACCGCACCAUCUUCCACCCACAAGGAGGAGGUCAGCCGUUCGACACCGGAGUGGUCGCGUCAGCAGCGGGCGUGAAGUUCACUGUGAGCGAAGUUCGAGCCAACAGGGAGGACGGGGUGAUCCAGCACAUCGGCACAUUUGCCGAGGCCGGCACCACGUUCCAGGCCGGCGACGAGGUCGAACUCCAGAUCGACGAGGCCAAGCGAAGGCUUCACGCGCGCCUGCACUCUGCGGGUCAUCUGUUGGACAAAGCCGUCGCCAACCUGUUCCCCGAGUACAACCUGAUCCCAGACAAGGGCUACCACUUUGCGGAUGCGCCCUACGUCGAGUACAAGGGCACCUUCGUUCCCGCGGACAAGCGACAGAGCGCGCUCAAGCGGCUCGAAGACGAGUGCAACCGAUUGAUCGCCGAGGGAAGCGAGGUGACGGUGCAGGUGGUGCAUAGCAAGGAGGAGGUCGAGCGCUUGUGCGGCUCCGCGUCCGACUCGGGGGCGAACCCCACGGAGCCCGUGCGCGUGGUCACCGUAUGCGCCCCGCUCGGCUGCCCCUGCGGUGGCACCCACGUGCAGAACACCGGCGAGAUCGGCCGCAUCGCCAUCCCCAAGAUGUCCGCCAAGAAGGGCGUCGUGCGCAUCAGCUACACCCUCCUCGCCCAGGCCUAA